UGUUCUCGCCCCACCAUAAUGAACCCACCAACUCUUUCUCCGUUCCUCGGACUUUGAUUUUUCUGUAUUUCCCAUACUUUAUCCAUUUUUGGCAUCUGGGUUUCUUUCCUCUCUCUCCAAAAUCGAAUCUUUCUCAUCUGGGUCACUGAAUUAAUUUGCCUUUUCAACUUGCUGAGCGGUUGCUUAGCGUGAUGGCUGUGUUCUGUCACAACAAUGAGUGCUCUGAAUAGGACCAUUAUUUCCUUCAACAAAACUUCAUCCUUCAACCGAAGGACUCUCGGCAUUGGAAGUCCCAGAGCGAUUCACAACAACCGCUUCGGAUGUGUCUCUCUCAGGUUUCAGGUUCUUAUCAUCACUGUCUCUGUGGUUUCCUUCUUUGUAGCCGUAGGUGGUUACAUGUACGUGCUUCCAAGCCUUAGCCGCGCGUUUUUCAAUGGCCAAGUUCCCUUAUUAUCUGAACAUAACAGCAACGGAUCAGUGAGAGAAUGUGAUGUCUUUGAUGGAAGCUGGGUGCAGGUUAAAGAUCACACCUUGUACAAUGCCACAGAGUGUCCUUUUGUGGAACGAGGAUUCGAUUGUUUAGGGAAUGGGAGGGGUGACAGGGAUUAUCUUGGUUGGAGGUGGAAGCCGAGGAGUUGUGAUAUUCCAAGGUUUGAUGUGCGUGGUGUGUUGGAAAUGUUGAGAAGCAAAAGGGUUGUUUUUGUUGGUGAUUCAAUGAGUAGGACGCAGUGGGAGUCUCUGAUUUGUAUGCUCAUGGCUGGGGUUGAAGAUAAGAGGGGUGUUUAUGAAGUGAACCAGAAUCAGAUAACAAAGCGGAUCAGGUUCUUAGGGGUUCGGUUCAGUGCCUUCAAUUUCACCAUUGAGUUUUUUCGCUCGGUUUUCCUUGUGCAGCAGGGUCGGGUGCCUAGACAUGCGCCAAAAAGGGUCCAAUCCACGCUUUUGUUGGACAAAUUGGAUGAUAUAAGUGACCAGUGGCUUAAUUCAGAUAUUCUGAUUUUCAAUACUGGACAUUGGUGGGUUCCAUCUAAGCUUUUUGAUAUGGGCUGCUAUUUCCAGGUUGGAAGCUCUCUGAAACUUGGGAUGACAAUUCCUUCUGCCUUUAGAAUAGCUCUUGAAACUUGGUCAUCAUGGGUUGACAGAGAGAUUAAUAAAAAUAGAACACGCAUCUUCUUUAGAACUUUUGAGCCUUCUCACUGGAGUGAUCUUACCCGUAGGAUUUGCAAUGUGACCCAGUACCCAACAUUUGGAACUAAUGGAAGGGACCAAAGCUUGUUUUCAGAUACAAUUUUAGAUGUUGUAAAGAAUGUUACUAUUCCUAUAAAUGCUCUUCAUGUUACUUCUAUGUCUGCGUUCCGGAGUGAUGCACAUGUUGGUAGCUGGAGUGACAACCCAUCUAUUCAAGAUUGUAGCCAUUGGUGUCUUCCUGGGGUACCUGAUAUGUGGAAUGAAAUUAUCCUGUCCCAACUUUUUGCUGAAUCUGAAAUCCCUUCUCAGCAAAUUGAAUCAUUCAAUUAGAGAGACUAAAAUUCUUAGUAAUUGCAAGCAUACCUCAAAAAAUUCAGAUGCCUCCUAAGUAUGGAUCGGAUUCUAGCACCAUAAAUCUGGAGCCAUCUCAUUCUGCAAUUUUGACCUCUGCCAGCUACCAUGGUUUUCUUCAAAACACAAAACUGCACCAGAUUUUGUAAAAGGCCAAAAUACACAUACCAUUUGUCAAAAUCCAAUGAAAUGGAAAGUAAUUUUUUAAUUUUCCAAUUCUUUGUAUUUCAGAAAGGGUGUCUGGGAUGCAUAUCAUGAUUUUUGGAUUGUCAUGACAAUACUGUUGUUCUGCAAGGCAAAAGAGAAAGAGGAUUGUACGAAUCAAUCAAUUUCAUUUUUCUGAUUGCCCUGUCUUAUUUUUGGUUGUCAUAUUUCUCUUUAUUUAAAUGAAAUUGAGUUUAAUUUUUUGCUUCA